UGCAAAAUAAACUUAAUAAAUUUGUUAUUUAUUAAAAAAAAAUAACUUUUUCCAUGAUUUUUGUUCGCAAAUAUAAAUAUAUGCUUCGAAAAAAGCACAUUAUAAUUAUUUAUAAUAUUUUUUCAUGUCUGCGAAUGAUGUGAUUUAUCGGUAAAUCAGUUCUUUCUUUCUCGCGAUUGCAUAACGAGAAACAGGGGUGAUGUGUAAGGAAAGAUCUAGCUUAGGGAGAUGAAUUAUAAAUCGCUGGCCGCGCACAAUUCCGCUUGUAAUUGGAUAUUUCACAAGUUUCAGGAUUGCGAGAAUGAGCAUCCGUACCGAAAGUACCUGGGAUACUGCGAGCAAAUCCAGAAGCAAAUGAAGGAAUGUAUAAAGGAACAAAGAGAGAUUCGUAGGAAAGAAAGUGCAGAAUUCAGAUACAAAAGGAGACAAAACGCGCGGCAAGAAAAUAGCAAUUAAUUAAAUCUGUAACUUGGAAUUUAAUAUGGCUUUGACAUCAGAUGUUCAUGAGCCAGAGAUCAAACGUUUGAAAUCCGAGAAUGAAUGUGAUGAGAAGUUGUGCAAAGAGAAACAGAAUAGUGACAUUCAAGAAAAAGCUCCUGAUACAAAAGAAAUCUCUUUUGGACAGAUGCAAGAACGAAAGGAAGAUAGCGAAAGAUUGAUAGAAAAUGAUAAUGAGGAGUCAGUAGUUAUUGACAGCGAUGAUGGCUUUAAGUUUCCCCCUGAUGAUGAUGCCUCUGAUAUGUUAGAUGAAGUAGAGUACAAUGGUCAUUUUCCCACUGUUACUGAUCGUUAUUUUACACCCUAUUACAAAAUGAACAUUCAAUCAUCCGGAGACGAUAUAUGUAUACGAAUACAUAGUAAUCGUAUUUGUAUGUUGUCUCUGGCACCUAGUCAUGUUAUUCUGCAAGGUGAUAAAGACAUAACAAAAGUCAGUUUUAAGGUCAGUGAUAAAUUAGACAGAUCUCAGAAUAAAGUCUCCGGUAAGGGUAAACAUGGCGCACAACCAUUGCAAACUAAUUCGAAUAUUUGUAGCAUAUCAUGCUCUGAUGGACAGACUUAUAUGAUUAAGUGUUGUAUGAUUGGAAAGUUGGUAGAGGUUAAUGAGAUGUUGUUGGAAAAUCCAAGACUUCUCAGAAAUCUACCACAUAAAGGUGGCUAUUUGGCUAUAAUAUUACCGAAUCUAAAGUUUCUGGAGAGUUUGAAAGAAUCUCUAUUGACUCAUGAACAAUAUAUUGAACUAAUUAAAGAAAAAGAGGAAAUAGCAGCACAAACAUAAAAUACAAUAUAUGGAUAUAUUUGCAAUAAUUUACAUUGGAUGAAAAAUUAUUUGGUUGAAAAAAAUUUAAUUAUAAAUACAAACUCUUUAUAAAAAAAGAAAUAAAAAUAAAUAUAAAUUUAA